CCGCUUGCGUUUCGUUUCUGUGAAGGCAAUGUGCCGAGGCGUCCUGGCCUUCGAGAGAAGUUCCCGCGCCAGCAGCCACUGACGGAGCAGAGGCAAGUGCACUUCCCUCGCAACUACUUGGUCGUCGAGAAACACUUGAAAGAAGAAAAGAGACCCACAAGGCGUAACAGCUCGGCCUCCAAGUCCAGUAGGGCGGAUUCGCUGACGCGUCCUGCCAGCCGAUCGCUCAAGUUUGAAGCUCCACCACAACCGAAGCCAACCACUCGAAACAAACGUGCUUCAUGGAGCGGCCGAACGACACGUACUGCUUCCACCGCAGCCUCAGCACGUCGACAGUGCAAAUCAGCGAGAAAGUCAAAAGAGUGCAUGAUCCCUGGCUGCUCGAAAGGCGCUCGCUCGAGAGGACUGUGCAAGCGCCAUGGUGGCGGCAAGAGAUGCACUUAUCCAGAGUGCACUCGCAGCGACCAAGGAGGUGGAUACUGCAUCGCGCACGGCGGA